AUGUCCUCUCAAACAAAACAAUCCUUCACUAUCGGCAGUCGAAAAUCACAACUCGCUUUGAUACAAACACAACAAGUCCACGAUGAGCUCAAAGCUGCAUUCCCGCACUUCUCGUUUCCAAUAAUCUCAAUGUCCACAAUAGGUGACAAAAUCCUCUCGAAGCCCUUAUAUCAAAUUGGCGAAAAAUCUCUAUUCACAAAAGAGCUAGAAAUCGCACUAGAAAAAAGAACUGUGGAUUUGGUGGUACAUAGUCUUAAAGAUUUACCGACUUCCCUGCCGGAGGGCAUGUCCGUGGGUGCUAUACUACGGCGUGAGAACCCUAAAGAUGCGGUGGUGAUAAAGAAAGGUCUUGAAGCGAAAAAACUCGAGGAUUUGCCAAGCGGGAGUGUUGUGGGGACUGGUAGUGUUAGACGCGUGGCACAAUUAAAGAGAAAAUUUCCGCAUUUGGUGUUUCAGGAUGUGCGUGGUAACUUAAACACGCGCCUCACUAAAUUAGAUGCUCCCGAAGGGGUAUACUCGGCUCUUAUCCUUGCAGUAGCUGGUCUAGUCAGAUUAGGUUGGAGUGAUCGAGUAUCACAAAUUCUCGAGAAAACCACUAUUCUUCACGCAGUCGGACAAGGUGCACUGGCAGUGGAAUGUCGCGCUGACGACACACAACUGCAGGAAAUGCUUGCGGUAUUAGAAGAUCGAGAUACACGAUUACGAUGCACAGCCGAGCGUUCCUUAUUACGGAUCCUUGAGGGUGGGUGUAGUGUUCCAAUAGGGGUGUAUACUCAACUUAUCGAAACCCAUGAUAGUAAUAGUGGUAAAUCCGAACAACUAAGUGCUAGAAAAAAGCGGGUGUUGAGAUUAAGUGCGCUAGUCGCUAAGGCUGCUAAUAUCCUUGGAAAACGUGUGGCUGAUAUUUUGAUUAAUAAUGGAGCAAAUAAAAUUCUUGAUAGAUUAAAGGAAACGAAAAAAAUGGAAUUGACACAAACAGAUUAA